AUUUGCAACAAUCCUUUUCUUUCUGGCACUUUGGAGAAAAAUUUCCAGGACUUUUUGACAGUUGUGAGGGUUCCAGUAGGAUUUACAGAUGACUACAAACUGGAGCCACAUCACACAACAUAUAAAUUCCGCCACAAAUUGGUCAAAACGUUUAUUGAUAAAAAAAAAUAUGAAGACUUUCGCCUAACAGACAAUUCGCACUCCAACCAGUUCUUUGAUGAACUCAAACAGUUUGCAGAAUUAUCAGAGACUGAGGGAAGUUUUUCUGAUUUUGAUCUUGAGCAAACAGGUAGACUGCAGAAAAUCGAUUUGUUUGAGGAAAAUGUAAAAGUUCAAGGUGUCGUGGUAUGCAAAUUUAGUAAAAAAGCAAAGGUGUGUGUUUUAAUAAAAAGGAAAGAUCUCUGCAGAGGACAAACAGGCAGUUUCUCGCUGUCUGAAGUUUUUGUGGAUCUUUGUGAGGAAGAUGACACUGGUCAUGAAGGAUUUCAUCUUAAACUGGCUGUGGGAGACAUUGUAGAAGUAACAAAGUGUCGGAGAAAGGAGGGAACUGCAUUGGAACCAGAGAUAGUGAAGUAGGUCAAUCAAUUUUUGAAGCAUGCGGGAUUAGGAAAGUUCAUUUAAUAUGACAAGGGGGGGAUGAAGAUAUUGAGGGGGGCUCCGAAAAUUUUUUAGACACCGAAGGGGCUCUGAAAAAUUGUUGCGCUAGGAGGGGGGGUCAAAAUUUGUAUACUUCAAAACUAAGACAUGACAUCAUCAUACAGAUCGGAUGGUUUUCAACUCAACAAUUUAAUGACCAGUGCAACUCAGCUAUAUCACGUGGUUUACAGAUAUAACAAAUGUAGUCUCAGUAAUUAUUACACUCUUGUUCAUCCCAAAAAUGCUUUAGAAAAUUGUAACACAACUGUAUCUCAAGUUUGUCAUAGUAUAAACCAUUGAAGACAAUAACGGUAAAUAUAUUUAAUACAGUCUAGCGAUCUUUUUUCAGGGGAGCAAAGGAAUUGAAGGAGGAGGGGGGGGCUCUGAAAUUUUUUCGACUACCAAGGAGGGGGCUCCUAAAAAAUUGAACCGCUAGCGAGGGGGGCUGCUAAAAUUUCAAGCUUCGAGUUUCAAUAUCUUCAUCCCCCCCUUGUCAUAUUAAAUGAACUUUCCCUUAUAUAGACAGAAAUUCUCACAUAAGACAAAGCAUUGCAUGUAAUAUCUGCCAAGGGUGCUAUGGCAGUGGAGAUAUGGGUCAGAUCCUGGAAGGGUAUUUCUGCUGUGAUCUGAAAUUUGAGCACUGAAAGUAAAAGUAUUGGAUUCAGGAAGCAUCAACAAGAUACGCCAUUGGACUGCUUCCACAAAACAGGACUCGGCAAAAUUUGGGCACGGGAGCUGGAUCGGGAAAGAAAACAAUAUUGGAAAAAGCAAUGACAGGAGUUUGAGAUGGUGGAUUUGAUCUUGUGAAAAAGGGGCUGAAAUGCAAGAUCAAACACCCCACCAACACCCCCUCCCCUGUCUUUCUACACCCUUCUGGGCAUCUGUUUUUGCUCAUCCCUGAAAAUUUUAAAACACAGGGAAGAAGCCUUUGCAACUAGCUUUUUUUCAUAUCAGCAUAAAUGCUUGAAGACUAGUUAACAUCAAAGAUAAAAUCAAUGGUGCUGCAGUUUAUGUUGGAAGCUCACUGACAGUGCUCAGUUCUUUGUUCAUAAAUUGUGAAUGAUUAUAUAAAUUUAUGUGAUGGUAAAAUAUGAGAUCAACAUGAUAGGAAUACUCUCAAACAUUCUGCACCAUCAGGUCCACAAAAACAUAUACAGCUGUAAAAAAUGAUUAAACCAUUUAUUUUUUAUUUUUCCCAUAUCUUGCAAAGGUGUUAUUCAUUAAGUGACACUCAAAUUGAGGUAUUUCUGAGGCAUUUGUCAAACUUUGCAAAAGACAGUGGUUCAUCUGCAACUAGGAUUGAAAUCACAAGGUAUUUAUAUUACAUACCGGUAAUAUAAUUUCAUUAAUCCUAUCCACAACUGAAACAAGUGGACCAACCUGUGUGUGACCAUAAUACUUGUACCUCUUGUGACAUUUAUAUAUAUUUAACACUCUAACAAGGGUUUUGAUAGAUGUAAAACAUGUGGAGGACAAAGAAAUAUCUUGAAGCAUACUUAACUACGAUAAUGAUACAAGGGGAUUGGCUGUCCAAAAAAAAUAAAUAAUAAUAAUAAUAACAAUAAAAUUAAUAAUGAUUUAUACUAAUCGUGUAGCCUCAAGAUAAAUAAUAUUAAGAGAUGCAAUAAUGUACCAGAAUUGAAUUUUAUCAUCUGAAAGGUUUGGUCAUUCAAUGUACCAGCUCUAUCAAUACACCAUAUACUGAUUUACUAAGCUAGCUAUUGUAAGUGCAGGGCAUUAAGUCUUCUGUAUGGCCUGCUUCUGCUGUUUUUAAUUCAAUCCAGCUAUAUAGAGGUAUUACGUACAUCUAAGUAGCCAGUAUACUCAUGUGUGCAACCAAAGAUUCAAUAAACUAUGAAGUAGAUGGCUUAAUUGUAAUGUUUCCCAGGUAAAAAUGUGAGGCGGGAUCCCGCCAAUCCCACCUGGGAUCCCAGGUUAAUCCCACCUGGGAUCCCAGGUUGAUCCCUCCUGGGAUCCCACCCGGGAUUAUGGAACGUCCCGGGAGGCAUCCCACCUGGGAUCCCAACUAGGAUCCCACCAAUCCCACCCGGGAUCCCGCCUGAAAUCCCGGGUGGGAUCAAAGAUAUCCCACCUGUGAUAUCAGAUGGGAUAUCCUACCUUUCCUGGCAGCAUCGAAUGCAGGUUGUUAAAUUGAUGGGAUCCUGCUAUCCCACCCUGUCAUACACAGGAAAUUGAUAUUUAUCGUAGAGGGAUUUGAAGACAUAUAACUUCUGCACCAUAUUUUUAGCUUAAUCUGCAAAUUUAUUAGGAAAAUAGAGUUAAUAUACAUGUAAGUCUUGAAUAAAAUGCAACUUUAAUAAGUCUACAUAUACAAUAUUCAGUCACUGCAGAACAUUCAAAUAUGUGUCAGUGUCUCCUGAAAUUUCUUCAUGCACAUCAUACACAGCCUUUAAUUAGAGUUCAAACAGAAAUUACAUAGAAUUGACAUAGUCUUUUUUGUAGGUAGGUUUUGAUCUGCUCAAGCAAAUGUAGUGUUUAAAAUACCCUCGUAAAAAUCACCAGAAUAGUAAAAAUAGUAUACACAUAUGAAUUAGAAUAUCUUUUACAUUGGUAAGAAAUGGGUUUUGACACGAAAAAUUGAAAACUAUAGCAAUAUAAUACCACGAACACACAACACAAAUGCAGUAUUUUCAUGGAGCAGUUUCAUCGAAACCCCAAGUUAAAGUUUGCUUAAUUUGCUUAUCGUGUAGACUUUUGGCCGAUGUCGUGCUCUUCAGUGCCAUACACUUUUUUUUUGACUGCAACGAAUAAGUAUCUGCAAACAGAAAAGUUGAGAUUUUAAGGCAAAUGAACACAAAAACAACCUGACGUUUUAGAAUUGAAACGAACGAGUAUCGAAGCGUGAUCGAAGGUGACCGAUCCAACUUGUUCAGGUACGCGAAAAGGGGAGACAACACGGGUAAAUCGAAACUCAAAUUGAGAAAAACAUCACUUACCAACGUUAGGAAUACUUUUUGUUGAACCUGGCCGGAAAACGACUUUAAAUUGAAGUAAAAAGAAGCGUCUCCUUGUAAAGACGCAUGCUUUACAGUUCGUCUUCUUUGACUUGAAAGUGCCCGCGUGGAAUCAGCCAAUUUUCACACCUUUUCAUUGGUUGAAAAGGCCCAUGUGACGAUAAAACGCUGAAUACGCAUGUGUUGAACUCACGGGCUUCCCUGGGAACUAGUGGAAACAAAAUGGCUGACAAACACCGAGUACUGCAGCGUUUCGCAGUUUUGACCAUGAAUUUCUAUUCAGGAGUCAUCCAUAAUCAAGACGAAGGAUCGAAGCUAAUAUAAAAGAAGAAAAUGAUGCAUGGAGGUAUCAUUUCAAGUGAAGAAACUCUAGGGAAAAGCUAGAAAGGAAAGUUAAGUCAGGAAUGAUGGAUGUAGCGAUUCAUUAAUGCUCUACAAAAAUCUUCUCACUAAGAAACUAUCUGCAAGCACAAAAAAAAUUGUAGCAAAUGAUUUUUAAGUUUUUUAGUUUUAAACACUGCUUUUUACGUUGGAAGUAUGCUUUUUGUGUGUUUGUAUAAAAUAAAUAUUGUUUUGUUGAAAGUUAUUUUUACAUGUAUGUACAGGACAAUUUAUGAACGAUGGUGUCAUUUUCUGCUUAUAAAAAAACAUUUGUAAUUUAAUACAAUAAGUUGUCCUUUGAAAUUAAAUUGGGUACAGGAAGACGAUAAAUUCCAGCCGUAUUUUUAACUCCACAUGCAGAAAUGUAGAAUAAUAAGUUAAUUAGACUGCUUACUAAGAUAUGUUUAACACAGAAUUAUAUAUAACCUAUAUGGCUGUUAAAAGUCUUCUUAAUUAAGUUUGACUUAACUUUUGCAAGUAUGAAUAAAUCUUCUAAAACCCCAGGUGGGAUCGUACAUGUGAAAUUACCCCAAUGUUCCCAGGUGGGAUGUAUGUAAAGAUCCUGGGUGACAAUGUGUGAUCCUGGGUGGGAUAUGUGAAUCCCACCCAGGAUCCCGGGUGGGAUGUGUGGAUCCCACCCAGGAUCCCAGGUGGGAUGCGAUAAUCCCGUGUUUUAGGCGGGAUCCCAGGUGGGAUUAAUUUUUAAUCCCAGGUGGGAAUGGCGGGAUCCCGCCAUUAGAGGCGGGAUUCCGCUAAUCCCACCCGGGAUCCCAGGUGGGAUUAGCGGGAUCCCGCCGGGAUCCCGCCUGACUUUUUACCUGGGUUGAAACAGCCUUGAUGUUUCCUCUUUUAAGGUUCUCUGCAGCCUGGGAAUACAUCCUUAAUCUUUCCAAGGAGAAAUACACAGACAAGAUGAUCGUUCAGAUUUUUGAAAUCAUUAACAAGAUUUCCACAGUUGUCCCUAUGUCACCUACAGUGAGUGCAAUAGUUCAGGAAUUUCAGCAGAGUAUACUGUUUGGUUCAGUCGUUCCUGGUUACAUAAAUAAAGUGACUGGGAAAACAAGCCAUCUCAGGUAUUUUUUUAUGAUUUUAUAUUAAUUUAUGGUAAAUGCACUUUAACAUUCCCGUGAAAAGGGUAAAAGGUGGAUAUUUCUGUAAAGGACAUCCAAACACUGAAAGAAAUAUAUAUCGAAUACAGUCGAAGCUCUCGUGAGCCACUACCUUGGAACUUUGAAAAAGUUGUUGUAACUAUAGAGCUGGUCGCUUACGAGAAUGAGCUCUCAUAAGCAACCGCAUGACAAAACAAUAGAGGGUGGUCGCUUACAAACACUUCAGAAACUCAUUAAUAAUUCAUAAUGGGAAAAAAGAAAUUAAUGUUUAAUGAGUGUCUUUAUAUUCAAUAUAGACAGCCUAAACUUUACGUCCAGUUUUUUAAUUCUAAAAUAACCCCAAGAUCUUUAUCAACGAGCCGUUAGCGUAGUGUGCAGUUUCAUUGAAGUGUUGAUUUACAUGAAUAAGACUCUGAGUGGUCACUUACAAGAGCUUAAAAAACAAAGAAAAUGCCCAGUUGGGUUAUCCCAAGAGAGGCCACGGUUGCUUACGGGUGCAGUCGCUCAUGAGAGCUUUUCUUUUCAAAGUUUAAGUUACAGUUCAAACAGGGUUUGAUAAAGGUGGUCGUAACUAAAGCUGGUCGCCUGCAAGACAGGUCGCAAGGAGUCAGCUUCAACUGUAUAAUUUUUUCUUUUAUAUUAACUGCUAUUCUAUAUGUUUUUAAACAGUAUGGUUCAGCAGAUCUUGGAACAUGUCAUCACUGCUGUUCCUGCCUCGGGUUUACAGGUGUUGCCCAUGGCAACAGACCUUGCUCAUAAUUUAGUCAAGGGCUCCGGCUCCAGUGAACGUGAAGCAAAGGAGAGUGGACAUUCAGCCAUAGCAUUCCUUUCAAAGAUGUGUUCAAUAAUUGCUUCAGAAGUACCUGGGGCUCAAAAAGAUGUUGAUAAGUUACCAUGGAAGGAACUGUCCUUAAUACCAGUCACGGAGGAGAUAUUCAGACCAAGUAAGUAUACUCACACUUUAGGAUCCCCAAUGGAGCUCUUCAAUCUCUUCAUCUCACCUUAACUUAAUCCAUAUACCUUUAAAAUUUAAAAAUGUUCAUAUUUUUUGUUGGCUAUAUAUGUUUAAACUGUUGCCUUUAACCUGGUCCAAUGUUUUUUUCAUGCCAGGUUCAUUGUAAAUUAGUCUUUGUUAAUAGUCCAUUUCAGAGUAUAUUACACGACGUUUAGGAUAGUGCAGAUCACAAAUUUAUUUUUUUUAUUUUUUAUUUUCUUAGUGUUCGUGUAUCUUGGUGCUUUAGAAUGUCAUUUGUACCCGCAAAGUCAACUUUUUUUGAGUGUUGAAGUUAUUUCUCCUGACUAAAAACGAAAACAAUAAAACGGACGUUUUAGCAAGUCUACUCAAUUCCUAGAUCUUAAUUUAACCACAAUAUAACAUUACAAUUAUAACAAUCCCAAUUUUGUCCCCCCUUUUUUCUCAAUACCUGUAGUUCGGAAUUUUUGCCUUCAAAAGAGUCAAAUUUUCAAAUCCCACUGGGGACCCUCUAGAUCAGUGUAGCUGUUGUCUGAAAGUAAUAGCUUCCCUUGUAAAUUACACUGUCACUUGUAACCGUUUUUUUAAAUUGACCUCUGAAUCAGGGUCGGAUCCAGGAUUUUUUUUAGGAGGGGGUGCACUCUUCUCUUGCUCUUCUUCAACACCAAUAAACCACAUAGUUUGGCAGAAUACCAGUUGUAUUAGAAAACCGCAGGUCAUCUCGGGGGGGUGCACCCCUGCACCCUCCCCCUAGAUCCGCCCCUGUGAAUGGAGAGAUUACUUUGGUCUACAUUGUUUGUUUAUUAGUAGGCUUGAAGACUAGUGAUUUGCCACUGAUCCGGGAAAAGGGCAACUAUGAAUCAGAGGACGAUUACUUGAACACCUAUUUCAGACUUCUUCGAGAAGAAUGCUUUUACAAACUCAGGAAAGGAAUCAGUGAGUUCGUUGAGUAUGGGCAAGCAUCUAGCUCAAAAGACUUGACAAUGUACAGGUAUGAAUGAGACAUUUCUUUUUAUAAAGUUUGUACAUAGGUUAUUAAUUUACACUUGAAAUCUACGGUGUACCAUAAAAGUUACAAAAUAAAACGUUGCUGCAAUUUCCAUUGAAACUAAUCUAUAGGGCAUCAAUUUAAAACAUCGUUUCAGCUGAUUACCCUUGCGUUUGAUUGCGCACUUGUCAGGACAUAAAUAUAAUUUGCUCAUAGAGAGACAAACACUCGCGUUCUUAAUCACUUCACAUAUAAUGCAGUUGAUACUUUGAAAAGUAGCCUGAGCUUUAGGGGCUUCUAGAGCAGCAAAGAAAGGCGUGGCCGUACAGAGGUUAAGUUUACACUGGCUGGAAAGUAUUUGGCCACACUUAUUUGACUCAUACUGACAUGUUAAUACUGCAAUUUUAUUUGUAUGGUUUAGCUCUUGUCUUCUCUUUCCUUUCUUUUUCCUAUGUUUUGGUAGUUUUUUUUUAAUGUUACGUUAAUAUAAUGCAAUUUUCAGGUGUAAGUAUUUAAUAAGUACUAACUGGUAACAAUUUAAAGGUUGAAAAACCUUGUCCAGAAAAAAGGCUUCACAUGCUAUUGUGGUGCAUGUUUCCAUUAGAUAACAACGGCUUGUUAUAAUAAGAAAUAAAUUAUCUGAUAUAAAAGCGUGUUUUGUGAAUUUCCGAGAAGGAUUCGGGGUUUUGUGAAAACGGCGUCGUCGUUGAAAUUUUAGAGAAAAUCCGAGCGAUUGCGACUUUCACUUCGCCACUCUGUGUUUGAGGGUCAAAUGCAGUAGAUGUUAACUUCAUUACCUCUCUUUCAGGGUUUCUCUUCGAGGAUGUUCUACCCGCCAUGAAAAUUCUCCAACUGUUAUGCUAAUUACUCUGGAGUAUGAACUGCCAGAUUCACAAGAAGGUCGUGAGAGCGAGUAAGUUGAUUAAAACAAAAUAUAUAACUAUUUUUUCCAAAUUAUCGGUAAACAGUGCCUUGUAUUAUGUAACCUUCAGCAAUAUUUUAUAGGUUUAAGUUCAGAAUACAUCUUUGGCAAUCCAAAACAACUCUUUAUCGCCGGCACACCGUCACCUCGAAAGUUGUGGGCGCGGCCCUUUAUACCUCUUGAUUCUCUGUUUGCCCUGUAUGUAUACCUUUCCGCACAACACCUAUUAUUGGACAUCUCCAUACCCCGUCAUGGUGCAGUAAUUUUUCGAUCUCGCGUUUUUUGUUAUCUACUUAGGAACGUAGAAUGGCUCAUGCAUGGCAGUCUCUUGUGUAUUUCAUUGGAUGGCUUUUUUGAAGAACCUGUUUGGGCUGUGGUAGAGAAACACUUUGCCGAUGAGAGGUUUGUUACUAAGCGUGGAGAAUUUUUUUAGAAACAAUUGUAUCUUCUAACCCCUCGUGUGCUUUGCGAGGUCAAUCAAUUAUUUUAUAAUAAAGUAAUGAGUGGAUAUAUAAUAACAACAAUAAAAAAAACAGAAAGAAAGAAUAGAUUUUAAAAAGGGGAACAUCUCUUUCUACCCUGCUAGCGGUCAGUGGUUUGUUUCCGGCAUAGUUUUUAACCUGUACAAAGUUGUUCGCGCCGGGGUACCUCGUUUUCCUGUGUUAAGGUUGGAAUCACAGGAAAAAAUAACAGAUUCCCAUUUUUGGAUAUUUUAGGGUAUUUAAAGAAUACCCACAAAAUCCCCAAAUUUGGAAGAGUGAGACAAGUCCCAAUCGGGGAACUUGGUUGGGAAUUCCCUGGUUGGGGCUUGUCUCACUUUGCCAAAUUUGGGAUUUUUAUGGGUAUUCUUUAAAUACCCUAAAAUAUCCAAAAAUGGGAAUCUGUUAGUUUUUCCUGUGAAUAUACAGUUAUGUGCGAAAAUGAUUUAAAGUGGGAAAUUCGCCCAACUUUGAUUAUUGUUUUCACCAAACUUAGGCGAGAAUUAGCAAAAGGACUUUACCAGCUGAAAGAUUCGUGAAUCGAUAAUUUAUAGAAUUUUAAGGAUUUUUCAGAAACUAAAUUGCAGCAAUCGGUGUGGCGAUUCGUCAGACCGAAUUCUCUUUAGUUUAAAGGCAGGCGUUGAAAUGUUGCAAAAAUGUUGCAACCAUUCAAAACAAUGUCGCAUCAAUGUUGUAAUAUUGUCACUUAAAAUGGUCGUUGCGAAUCGUCCCGUGUAACAUCACCUUACCUUAUUAUAGGAAAUUAACGCUCCAUGAAAUUAACGCGAAUCGUUAAAAUCCGCGUUAAUUUAAGUGGCGUUAAUUUUGUUGAGCGUUAAUUUCCGCGACGUUAAUUAAGUGCAGCGUUAAUUUCUGCGCUCUUAAUUUCCAGUAUUUUAACCCCAAUUUUGGAACCUGUCCAGACAUUCUUGACCCCUAAAAAACAUUAACUACAAGCUUUCUUUCUUUCCAUUUACCCUUAUUUUUCAUCUUUCACAAAAGCUAAGGCGAAGAUUUACAAUACUUCGAGUCCAUCUUCAUCGUUGUCGCCGUCAGAAGUGAUGUCAAUAUCUUCUCCUUUGAUUUCGGCCAAGAUAAUCGCGUUAAUUUCCUUUUUAUGAAAUUCUACCUCCUCUUUCGCGUUAAUUUUCUUUAUUCGAAAGUCGCUUUCCAUUAAAUUCGCGUUAAUUUAAGUCGCGUUAAUUUCCAAUACCUUAAUUUUAUGAAACGUUAAUUUCCUAUAAUAAGGUAAGUUCACCAGACAUCAAGCAAAGCUGACCAAAUGUCCGAGACACUUGACCAGCCCCACGGAAAAAGGGUGGUGAACUACAUUAGUGGUGAAAAUAUAUUAAAUUUAACUAACAUGCGAGGUUCCCGCUGCCGAAUACCGUUUACUUCAAAGAAAAAAAUGAAUAAAGCAUUUGAAUGUUUCUCAGAGGCAAUGAGUGCAUGCCUUUCACUGUGCGAGUCUAAUGAAUUUCUGUCAUUUAUUUCAGGCUUGUAGGAAUAACCCUUUGCGAAAAGGGAAAUACAAUGUCCGAGCCACACUUUAUUGCAAAGAUGCAGGAACUUACGAACAAAAGUAAGGUUAUGUUUAUGACGUCGAUUGUACACCUGUGAAUAGAGAAAGUUUUUUUGAAAAACAGGGACGUUAAUAUACGUGGAAUUGGAAUCUUUUUCUAGUCACCAUUUAGCCUAACUUAUGCCAUGUGGGGUUGUUUGGCGGUUCUUGUCUUUUCAUAGGGUAUUCUUCUCAACCUACGUCAGUUUUCCUCUCUCUGUCAAAUAUUCAACAGAAAUCAUUUAACUUUUGACAUGUGUGUUUGCGUUCUAGAAAUCAGAGCAUUCAUGGCUGAAAGUCAAACCUUUUAUGUCUCAUAUGCUCCAGCCAUGGAAAUUCUCCAACACAGAGGUAUUACAACUUACAGUUAGCAACAUAAUGUAUCAAUAAUAAGCCUUCCGCAUAAGGAUACACUGAAAUUCGCGGGAAACAAAAUGAACUGUUUCCCUUGAGACCAGUCAUUGAGUGUUUUGUAAAAUAUAGCCUAAGAAAGAAACUUUUGUCUACAAAUUUAUGAGAGUAAAUCUCAAAGAGGCCAAUAUUCGUGGGUGACAUUUCUUCGGUACCCUUUGACGUCAUAGAUGUUACAGUUACCGUGGUACCCGCCCAGAGAUUUUUAGCGGGAAAGAGUUUUAUUGUUCGAUGCCAUGUGACCUUGCCAUUGCUUUCUUUCCUUUGCUGCCCUUAUGACUGGUUGCAAAAAAUAUCUUGCGCCUUUCGUUUCCAACCAAAUGCAAUCUGAAAUGAAACCAAGACUUAUUGUGACUUGCUCGCGUAAUUUGCAGCCAGAUGUUUUAAGAAUGCAGAGGGCUCUCAAAGGUUCAUUGUAACUGUGAUAUGACACGCUUUCUGAUCAUUCUCAGACCUAUUACUUGUUGGACCGGUGACCUCAUGAAAAAGUUAUGAUACUUUGAAGAGGUUUUUUGAUAAGAGUAGAUAGAACUUUAAAAGAAAAACGAGAAGAAAAAGGAAAAUAUUACUGGUUUACUGGCGUAAUGAUCCCAUUUGUGAUGGUAGAUAAAUUCUCUCGAGCUGUAAGUAGAUCAGCUUGAUUUUAGGAAGUCAGGCCGUUUCAACUUUGAUACUUAAUUGUGCUCCCAGUUUGCGAGCAAUUUGCUCUGCUUUUCGCUUCUAUCGUUUGUUAAUUGAAGUUGCUCUUAUUAAGCACAUUUUGAAAGGUUCAUAAAUCAAUCAUCCUGAAAAACCCUACGAAUUUUUUCCGUGUUUUUUUUUUUUCAGACCAUGUUCCAUUCAAGGAAUUCCUGGUUUAUCCAGACUCAAGACAGCAAGUGGACCCUCCAGAUUACAUCGGCAAAAUUAAACAUCCUCCAAACUGGGGAAUUAUCUACAAAAAGGAAGCGCUUGCAAAGUUUAGUCGCGAAGAUGUGUCUCCUUCAAAUUACAGUCUCAUUAAGGAUUUUGCAGAUCUGCGGCUGAAUAUAAAUUCUAGCGAAGCCAAGCCUGAUGAAACUCAGCUGGCCGCAAUUGCGAUGGCUCUAGAACAUAGAGUGAUUUUGAUUCAGGUAGUUGUGGUUUUCAGGAUUCUAUUUUAACGUUUGUAGUAGUGGAGGGCCCUAGGCUUGCGUGCCUUAACAUUUUCAUUGUCUUUGCGGUUUUUGUGGCGUUAGGUCCCAAUUACGGUGAACUUUAUGCCAAAAUCACAGCUUCGUGUCAAAUAUGUCUCUAAUGAAUAUUUUCUAAACGCUUCAAACGACAGAAAUUAACUUUGAAGAACGUUUAGGCCAACCAGUAUUCAUACACCACAAUUGAAUUCUUUUCAUUCUCCUUCAAGUUCGUCCAUCCGUGCCUCCCUUUUUGGGUUGAGUGGUUAUUUCCAUUGUUCUUCAAUUUGAUGGCAGCUCCCACUCUUUGAAUUUUGAUAAAUUUCGUGACGCAGCUCUUUUAGGAUGAUACAAAUUAAAUUGAAAUGAUCGACAUUGUCAUGCAAUGUUCACAGGGACCGCCAGGAACUGGAAAGUCUUUUGUGGGUGUGACCUUAGUUCAGCUUCUUUUGUCUAUGAACGUACCUCAAGACCAUGGACCCAUCUUGGUAAGAUGAUUUGUAUAACCGAAUUUCAAUACCCGAUAAAAGUACUGGAUAUAUUCUAAGGGGUUGUACUUACGAAGUUCGUUUAGGUAUUUCUUAUUUUUCCAUCAUCACAGUAUUUCUUAGAGCAUGACCGCUUGCCGGAGCGCACCACAUAAGAGGGUUUAUAAGACGCUGAGUUUACAAACUAGUAAUAACCAAAGGUUACGGAGCGCGGGCGACAACGAUCGAAAGUCAAAACGCUUUUGCUCCAUCGCUGUGCUUUGCCCAAGUUUCACGUGACAGAUAGUCAAAACAUGCGUGAUCAGAUCACGAGUGAUAGAGGGUCCAAACGCGCGUGAUCAAAAUGCGUUCUCUGCAUUCCAUUCAUUCUUAGUGGAAGUCCAAACGAAUGCUGGCUACAUACAUGCGACGCAUGCGUAAUAACAACCUCGAGAUUAGGAUUGCACUCUCCUCUUGUCGCCCGCAAUAACGUUAUUUCCCGCAAUGAGCAUAACGGCCAAUUGCUCGCAUUGAGAAGUUUGUUGUCAAAGUCGUCUAUUUGAAUUAAAAGCGAAAUCAAAAAUGGUGUAACAUAUGUUUGAGCUUGGAAAGAGCAUAACAUUUAAAUGUGCGACAAAUUAUAUGACGAAAUUUUGUAUUUGGACUUUUUCAUAUUUUACUCAUGCGUCGCUUAUCUUGAUUAAGAGUGCGUUGGAGAUUUAUUCGGCGUUUCAGGUAUUUGUGGUUUGGUGAGACCCUAGUCUACGUUUUCCAUCCACUUCGUCUCCUUUUUGCUGCCAGUAUGAAAUAUUUUAUUUAAUUGUUAACGCUAUUUCUGUUUGCUUAAUUAUAGGUUGUGACCUAUAAGAAUCAUGCUUUAGACAAUUUUUUGAAAGAAUGUCUUAGACAAGUUUCUUCGCCUGAUCUGAAGAUUGUGCGUGUUGGAAGGUGGAGUGAAGAGGCUGGAGACGAACUGAAGAAGUGUUUGUUGAGAGAGGUUUGUUCAAAUUAGUUUUUUUUUCAUGCCUGAUAUAUCUUAUUUAAAAUGUAAAAGAAGUCAAGGUUCCCGUAUAGAUGAAAAAACGGAUGAGAGACAACCUGGGUACACGUUACACUUCUAAGGUGUUGAACUCUGCAUGUUGUGAACUUUUAGGCACGGAAAGGUUUUACGAGACUUUGAAUAACUGAAAGCGUUCUUGCGUGAUAACUAAAGUGAGACUAGAAUAGGCCAUUUUACAGUUAUGGAUGGAAGCGAGGCUGAGGGUGAGCUUGUUUUGAUACAAACCUUCCUGCUUUAUUAUGUAAAUCAAGUUAUUCUUAUGCUCACUAGUAUUUUUCAAGAACAAUUUCCAUAACAAAGCAAAGAAGGUUUGUAUCAAAACAAGGUCACCCUCACCCUCGCUUCCAUCCAUAACUGUAAAAUGGCCUAUUAUGGCUGCUUAGUUACAUUCUAUAAAACGAGAUGGACAGAAGACAACCUUGUACUUCUAGAAAGGUUUGACACACAAAACAGGGUAGCAUUCUUUAACUCCUACUUUUUUGUUUUCACGUCGUACGCAAGAGGGUAUACCAAGAUGUGAAUCGUAAACCAGUGCUUUACAACCAAAAGAGAAAGGUACUUGGACAAAUAUGGGCAUUGCAACCUAAAGUCAGGGAGGCGUUUGAGAAACUCAGAACUUCCAGUCGCUUCAGUGCAGACAUGUUCUUAAAGGUAAGAAGUGACGAGACUACAACAAGGUGAGAUGGAUUCCCUUCAGGCAAGUUGUUGUUGAAGUUUACUAGCCCAGGGAAGUCAUUCAGGCCUUUCAAGCCUUUCACUAACGGACAACUUAUAAUUAACACAUGCUAGUAUGACGAGGCACUCUUUAUCUGUUAUCCGACAGCACUUUUGUCGUGCUCUGCUAAGGCAGUUUAGGAAAAAGGAACGCUAAAGUAGCUCUUAUACAUGUGAUCUAUUAGCCUGCGAAAACAGCCGUUUCCCUCGCUCUUCGCUGCUGGGAACGUUUCGCGGGGAGGAACGUCUGCGACUCAGAGACAGAAAUUCCAUACUGAUGACGUAAAAUCUGUCUGGAAUCCGGUCAGAAGCGCUGAUUGGUCGACGGAGUAGUUACAUUGUUUUAGCUAUUGUCUACGAAUGACAGAAAAAAGAUAAAAGGCCACAAGGUUAAAUGUAAAGGCGAUGAAUCUUUAACAAAACAGUCAAUAUUUGUGGAAUAUAUUCUUCUCUAGAAGAAGCAUUUGAGUUUUGCUGGAGCUCGUUCGCAGGUGAACACAACACUUUACCAAAAUCGACCAGAAGAAACGUAAAAUUGAACAAAUUUGCUUUUGGAAUCCAUUUGGACGUUCCUCCGAGCGAAUCGUCCCCAACGGCGAAGAAAGAGGAGAAACGGCUGUUUUCGCAAACUAGUGAUUUAUUCACCCUUUUGUGUUCAACUCUACCAUCGGCUAUAUUUCUAGCUUACAAUUGAUGUGCUUGGCCAGUUAGCGUUAUUAUUUCAUUUGGAUAGAGCAUUGCGUCAGUUCACCGCAAAGGUUAGAGUUUGAAUCACGCUCACCUUGUAAGAGUCUCAGAGGAGUGUCUGAGUUUUUACCUUACGUUCUACAAGAAUUCGUAGAUCUUCCUUUAACAGUUGUUUUGUAGAGGAAGGGUUUUUAAGUGGCGGGUGAAUCUUACAGAGGGAUUUUCUUUAUAGAGAGCUGUCGGCGUUCAAAGAGUUAACCGUUUAUAUAAUAUGCCUGCAAAAAAUAUUUCACAUGUUGUUGGUUAUUUUUUGUCAAUUUAUAAGAACACUUAUAUUGUGUUAUAUGUAACACAUACCUUGUUCUUGGAGGUAAGAACAUUCAAUCAAUUUUUAUUCUAAAGGAAGCGUCAGAAGAGCACCUGAAGUCCCUUGUGGUUGGCAGCAAACAAGGGAAAAUCACAGACGAAGAAUUGGAGAAAUUAAUUAGCAAACAGUCCAUUUCUAAAAAUCAAGCAAAACUGAAAGGUAGGCGUGAAAAGCUUUUGCCUUCGAUUUUUCUUUUUCUGAAGACCCAUAGCGUUAAUCAUUGAGCAAGGGAACCGAUGCCUUUGGUACAAGGUUAAGACAUCCAUUCAAUGCGCCAAUUGCGAGCUGCCUUAAGCCUCUGUUUCAAAACGAGGCUAAGUGCGAAGCCAUUGAUAUGAAAAUGAAUCUUAUUCUCAUUCAAAUUAAACUAAUAUUCACAAGUAAGGUUUUGCACUAAGCUUCGUUUUAAAAGUGAGAGUUUUUCGAACUCGAGAAUGGCCAGUUAUUCUAACUGUUACGAGGAAGACUUCAUUUAAGGUUAGGAUAUCGUUCUUGCUUUUUUAGAACAGUGUUACGUCAUUUGCCAAAUUUAGUUCAAGAAAAACUAUAAGGUUUGCGAUGUACUGCAGUUUGAAUGAAGAUUUGUGAAAGCGGACAUAAAAUGAAUGGCAUAAAAAGCAUGAUAUAAAAGGUAUCAUGCUCUAAUGAAACUUUCACAUGUAUGGUGACAUGUAUAUAUUUCAUCUUUUAACUUUGGAUCUCUCCAGAUAAAAUUACUGCUUGGAUCAAGCGACGUUUUAAGGUGUUUCACAACCAAUGUUGGUGCCACUUUCCCACUAAGUAAACAUUUAGAGCAAUCUCAGCCUGCCUAAAAUGCUUUCAAAACUAUUAUGAAUUCACCUUGUAGCUCUGAGCAGCCUAAGCUCCCUCGCCGAACAAUUUACUGGUAGUAGUAUGUGGCGCACCGAUUUAGUCGGCUACUUGCGCAGUAUAUCAUUAAUCUGAGUUGGAAGGUGAUUACCGCUAAUGUAUUCUCUCUUAACCUUUUUUGAUUUCGAAAAAAGUCGUUUAUGAUAAUGGAGAGUGAUUGUCAUUGUUAAAAAAAGCCGCGCGUAGGUAUUUAGGAUUUGGCUUUUGGAAAUCAGUAGCCUCCCACGCAGACGUUCUUAGGGGUUCGUCACGCGUUCCUGCCCCACGAACGUCUGCUGAACCGAAAGAUAAAUUCCUUUCCCAUUGUUCGCAAAUAUCAGCUGGAGAUCACAUGCAGAUUAUCGGAGAUCUAAUCGGCACUGUUGAAGUCAAAGUGUUGACAAGCCAAACACAUACGCACAAGCUCUGUAGAGUGUGAUACGUGACCAAAGAGUUUUGCUUCAGACAAGAACUUAGGAGAUAAUCGAUGGGUUGUUGUAUAUUUCUCUCUGUAAAGGCUGGAUUAGAUGUCGUUUACUCAUAAACUUGUUCUUUGGGUGAUGCAACGGCGGGGUUACCUGGUAAGACUGAACAAAAGGCCAAUUUUUUUUUUUUCACACGUCAUUCAUGGUUAUUGUUUUGUAGUAAAGCCGACUUCCGUUCAGCAAAUUUAACCUCCGAUCUAAUUUUUUACAAUGAGAUUGUGAGGGUAGCCACUAGUAAUAACGCUUGUGAGUUAACGGAGUAAUUUGUUCUAAAACUGUAAGGUCUCCACCUUUCAAGAGACCUUUCUGAUCUUUUCUGGAGCUAUAAAGUCAAGCGCGAAAUUUCUCAGGGUCCAAAGUGCACUUCUCAGAUCUGGAAGUCUGCUGUGAUUGGUCUACGUUUUUUUCCGCUCAAGUCAGCAGACGUUCGUGGAGCAGGAACGCGUGACGAACCCCUAAGAUCGUCUGCGUCGGAGGCUAUCAAGAAAGAAGUUUCAUCAGCGCUACUUAAGGUGACUCGACCCAGUUUUUUUGGGGGGGGUACCAUCCUACUUUGAAGCUCUCUGGUAUCCCCACCUUUACUUUUAUCGUAAGUCUGACACAUAGAAUGGAUAACAUAUAGAUCAAUCUGCAAUAUAACAUAAAAUUUUUGGCGAUCGGAGUAAAUGUCACGUGGUUAUAAUGCCACGCCCCUUUGAGGUCUGAGUCGAAAAUCGGCUGUUGCCGGCAUUUUUUUGUGAAAAUCUCUCGGCUACACAUAGUGCGCAUUAGUGCCUUGCGCUGAACAGAGUUUCACCAAAAUCGCAAAGACCCAAUUCGAGAAAUUCAGCGGUUUCCAAAUUAAGGUCAUAAUUUAUGCGAAAAUGAUAAGCAAACUUUACACGGAUUAUAUCUAAUAAACCAAGAGAUUCAUCCCUUUAUUUUGGGCAUCGUUAUAACAGAUGGGUCCUUGCAAGUCAGCAAAACGCUUUAGGGCCUUGUAAAUGCGCGCGAUUUCGAGCAAAGCAAACAUAUAGAAAUUAUAGUUUUCGCUAUUUGUUGACGUUUGUCGGCGUUUAAGAGUCAAUCUCACGAAAAAAGCAUUUUCUUAAAAAUUCGUAGUUUUUUUUCCUUCAAAUUUUUUCAGGGACACAACUGAUUAACUAACUACCCGGACUCUGAAUUUCAUGGUCAUUGAAAAACUGUGACAUUAUCUUCUAUAAGCUCAAACUUGAGUAAACAUUGAAGAUUUUUAGCGUUUUGGCUGAGUUUGUGCUUUGGGAGUUGUCUAUUGUUUCUAGUCUGUCAUUAUACAGCAUUCUUGUUCAGCACGCGUGCAAUGACCACGCUUGGCUGACUUCCGAAUGCUCACCGAGAUAUUCCCGUCACGAGUUGGUUUAAUUAUUGGCUUGCAUUAAAACCUAUGAAAAAAUGAUAUUUUUGCAAUAGUAAGUAGACUUAAUGUGUAGCACUUCUUGAUUUUUUUGCAAAGUCACAAGAAGCAUGAGAAUUGAUUAAAAAUUGUUAAUUAAACCUCUAUGUAUCACGCGAUGGCCUGUCUCGCUGUACCAAAUUUAUAAUAUCUCGGUGAGCACUCGGAAGUCAGCCAAGCGCGGUCAUUGCACGCGUGCUGAACAAGAAUGCUGUAUAAUGACAGACUAGAAACAAUAGACAACUCCCAAAGCACAAACUCAGCCAAAACACUAAAAAUCUUCAGUGUUUACUCAAGUUUGGGCUUAUAGAAGAUAAUGUCACAGUUUUUCAAUGACCAUGAAAUUCAGAGUCCGGGUAGUUAGUUAAUCAAUUGUGGCCCUGAAAAAAUUUGAAGGAAAAAAAACUACGAAUUUUUAAGAAAAUGCUUUUUUCGUGAGAUUGACUCUUAAACGCCGACAAACGUCAACAAAUAGCGAAAACUAUAAUUUCUAUAUGUUUGCUUUGCUCGAAAUCGCGCGCAUUUACAAGGCCCUAAAGCGUUUUGCUGACUUGCAAGGACCCAUCUGUUAUAAGGAUACCCAAAAUACAGAGAUCAAUCUCAUAGUUUAUUAGAUAUAAUCCGUGUAAAGUUUGCUUAUCAUUUUCGCAUAAAUUAUGACCUUAAUUUGGAAACCGCUGAAUUUCUCGAAUUGGGUCUUUGCGAUUUUGGUGAAACACUGUUCAGCGCAAGGCACUAAUGCGCACUAUGUGUAGCCGAGAGAUUUUUACGAAGAAAUGCUGGCAACAGCAGAUUUUCGACUCAGACCUCAAAGGGGCGUGGCAUUAUAACCACGUGACAUUUACUCCGAUCGCCAAAAAUUUUAUGUUAUAUUGUAGAUUGAUCUAUAUGUUAUCCAUUCUAUGUGUUAUACUUACGAUAAAAGUAAAGGUGGGGAUACUAGAGAGCUUCAAAGUAGGAUGGUACCCCCUAAAAAAAACUGGGUCGAGUCACCUUAACCAAUUUGAGCCCUUUCUUUUCUUAGUCUGACCUUUUCAACGUCUACUCGCACUCAAAUUUGCCGCUUCGCUGAUAAUUUAUGGUUAAUGAUGUCCACGCAUUCUCCGAGAUGAUACUAAAAUCUUGUUCUCUAGAAAGUUAUCUGGCACAUAUACAUUUUUUGUACGGCAGAACUCGUGGAAAAUGCAUUGGUAGACUGGCUUCCUGGUCAAAAGUUGUUCGAUCGUUUUUCUGGUGAAAAGAAAAAAGCAGCGCAAGGAAAUCGGUAAGUUUUUAAACAUUGGUUUGGAGUAUUGAUAUGUGUAGUCUUUUGGUCUGCCUGUGAUUUUCUGCGGGGGAAUAUGAAAGUGAAUGCGAAAGCGGCAAGUGUUUUCAUCGCAUGUAUACUGUCUGUCUGAAAGAACGGAAAAUCGUAAUAAAAUUGCCUUUAAAAUCGCUUGUGAGAACGGGCCUUAAGUAGUAUUUAAAGGGGCUGUCACGCCUCUUGCCAUCUUUUUAAAAAAAGAUCAAAAAAGUAAAACCUGUCUCCGCGUUAACUGAAUUCCAGUAAUAGUGGUCCAGGUUUGUUAUUUAAGACUGCAUUUAGGCAUUGAAAUAGUUUCCUGUCGUCUUUUGCCAUGAUGGACAUAGAUUGAAACUUGAAACCAUCGGCUCCGUUUUUUUUUUCGAAUCUUGAGUUUUCUUCGAGUCAUGAAAUGCCCGCAAGAAUCACCAAAACUAUGUUAAUUAUAGUUGGUGCUUCCUGAUGAAGUUUUUCUAACAUCGUCUUUAUAACUUAACAAAAGCAUUUUGUGUGUGGGUAAAGACACAAAAAUGAUUUCCAGCUUUGCAAAGGUGUUCUUUUUGGAUUACUUAAGGUUUCUGGGAAACUGCCCACCCAUCCCUCCCCUAAGCCAACAUUUUGCUCUAAACAAGGACUAAGUGUUAAUGUUGGCUUAGGGGAGGGGUAGGUGGGUAGUUUCCCAGAAACCUAAAUUGAUCCUUGGAUCACUUAAGGUUUCUGGGAAACUGCCCACCUACCCCUCCCCUAAGCCAAUAUUUUGCCCGAAACGAGGAGUAAGUGUUAAUGUUGGCUUAGGGGAGGGGUAGGUGGGCAGUUUCCCAGGAUCAAUUUAGGUUUCUGGGAAACUCAGUCUUUUUUCGUCAAUUUUAGACCGGCGGAAAGUGAUCAACUAAAGACAAAAGAAGAGCAAGACCAGCAGGAGAAUCCCAAUGAUGCGAGAGACCCUUCUGUAGAGCAGAGGGAGCGACUUCUUGCAUUAGAUGAAGAAAUCGCUGAUGAAGAGGAUCAAAGCAUCGCGAAAGAGGAAGAAACUUCGUGUAAAUCUCAAGCCCCUCUUUCUGUUCAGUGCUUGCGCAGCCUCGUUUGCUUAGA